CCUGACUGGUCAUUUCUUAAACAAGCUUUAGAAAGGCAGGCUGAAAAACUUCCUGUCACAGCUUCAAUUGGCGUUUCAUGUAUUAUUCCUGAUGAAGAUAUUCCUCCAUUUUCAGAUUUAUCCGAGGCUCGUUCCCUCUUUACGUCUGAACUCUGGCGCCAGUGCGCUGAGCAUGUGAUCCUUGGAGGUGGCAACCCCAAUGGCCCAGCAGCCGGGUCUCAUUUGAAUCUUAUCCUUCGACCCGAGAUGAUCCGUCUCAUGCCGCCUCUGCUCCCUUGCCCACAGGCUGCGGAAGCUACUUCUGCCUUUACAGCCCGUGCUAGUCCGGAAGAUGAAACUAGUUCGAGCAAAGAUGGCCACCUAGAUGAGGAGCAAGCUCCAAGCUGGCCGCCUGACAGCCUAUGGGAUGAGGAACUUAUUUGGCUUACUCCGAAUGUAGUCAUUCACGAUUUUCAUUGGGACGAAAGCAUUGGAUGUGCACACCCGUCGGCCGAAUUGAUUCAGUUAAUUUCUCUUGCUAUGACUUCUGUUCUCUCGCAAAGUCAGCAACAAACGGUCGUUCAAGCGAUAAAAAACGACUCUACGCCAGUUCAAGAGCUUGGCAUUACACCCGAAAAUGUGAGUAGUACUGUAUCCCUUUGUUACGUAACUCUUGUUUAUUUUGCUUAUCACAAACUGUACUCGUUCCUGUUUUUCUAA